AUAACAGGUGAAAUGGCGAACAGAGAAAUAUCAAAUGAUUUUAGCGCAUCAAUCACGUGUGAUUCUGAUUUUAUAACUGAAAUGUUUUGCGAGUCAUGCAAAAAAGACAACGAGUAUUCAAAAGCGGAAGGAUUUUGUGUUGAUUGUGUAGAAUAUUUCUGUGCAAAAUGUAUGAAAUUUCAUAAACGAUUUCUUCCUCAUCAUGUACAUCAAGAUCAGUUAACAAUGCCACAGGACUUUUGCCUUGAAACGUGUGAGAUACAUUCUACGGAGAUAAUAAAGUUUUUCUGUAAAGCUUGUAGCAGCUUUGCCUGCUCAAAAUGCAAUAGUGAUCUUCACCAAAACUGCAGGACCGUACAUGUGCCUGAAAUAGUACGGAAUAUUGAAAAAAGCACCAACUUUCAAUUAUUUAAAAGCAAACUUAUUCAAUGUGAAAAAGAACUCAAAAACGUAACUGAAUCAUUGGUACAAACAAAACAUUCAGAGGUAGAAAAGUGUUGCAAUCAUGCGAAAUCAGCAAUUAAAGCUCAAAGAGAAGAAAUGAAUACAAAAUUUGAUGUCCUUGAAAUGAAUAUUGAAAAAGUAUCUAUAAAAUCAGAACUGAUGACGCCAAGCAGCUGGACGAUUUAACAGAUAAAUAUGAUGAACAGAAAUCGAAAUGCGAGUCUUUGAGACGUAACGUGGAAAUAAUGCAAACAGCAGAACAGCGGAGCAAACUCUUCAUUACCAUGGAGAAUUCUAAGAAUGUUGUGGAACAAUUUGAAAAAAGUAUUAUAGAAAUUGAAAAUUGUAGUAAAGUGCGAAACUACGUCUAUAAUCCAAACAGGUAUCUUCAGGCAGUAAUAGAAGACUGUGAUGAAAUUGGAUCUGUCAUCGAUUUAGAAAGUGUAGAGUCUGUCAAAAUACAUAGAUCUGGAGAGGUUUACAACACACACAAGAACGAUUUGUUUAAGAGUGCGUUACAGAGCUGUGGCAAAAAUAAAACUAUUGAUUUGCUGCAAGACGAAAUUAAUGCGUGGAGAUCAGAAACCGUAAACAUAGCAGUUAUCGGUUGUUCUGGUGCUGGCAAAUCAACUUUUAUAAAUAGUAUGUGUGAAUUUGACGCUGAAGAUACCUCUGCUGCAAAAGUUGGAUUGACUGAAACGACCACCGCUAUUACUCCAUAUUCACUCCGUAGAAAUAAAAACGUUACUCUUUGGGAUUUUCCUGGGGUUGGAACAGGAAAGUUUACUAAGAAAAUGUAUUUAGACCUAAUUGACUUUAAAAAGUUUGAUUUUUUUAUAGUGGUUGUUUCAUCGCGUUUGACAGAGAUUGAUUUGUGGUUAAUGCAAGAAAUUGAACAUCGUGACAAAACCCUGUAUCUGCUUCGAAGUCAUUUCGAUUGCGAUAUAGAAAAUCUUAGGCGAAAAAAAAGAUGCCCGAAUAAUGUUGAUAUAAAAACUCUCAAAACACAGAUGGUAUCUACAUACAAGGACGUCUUAAAGGAUUUUAAAAGCAAAGACAAUAUUUUCCUCAUUGAUAGCUUCGCAUUUAAUCAUUAUGACUACGAGAGGUUUGAAAAAGCGCUCACUGCCGAUGCCGCCCAAAUCAGUAAAAGUAAAGCACAUGCAAUUAUCUUUGCCUUGCCAAUUACAACGGAAUAUGCGAAGGGCGUAAAAACUGCCAAGCUUGAAAACAGAUUAUCUCAUAAGGCGUUACAUGCAGCGUACAGUCUUCCUUCUGAUGUAGCAGUUGCACAAUCUUUGAUAGAAGAGAAAGAACUAUACAUCAGUCAGUUGUCUCUCCCGUACGCAUCACAGCUUGAUUUAAACUUAGACGUUUCAAAAGUAAAAGGCGAGUUGUUAGACUUGGAAGAAAGACUGUAUCACACACAAGUUCAUUCGGCAGUAGAUGAACUGUUUGAACAAUGUGACAAGACAACACAAUUUCUGCUUUCUCUUUUUGAUAUCGUUCAUGUGUAUACCAUUUGUAGGGUCUGGUUAAAGAACAGUCUUGGGAGUGUGUUGUUACGUUCAUAGUCAAUGUAGAUUUGUUUGUCUAUAAUAACAAACAUUUUACUAUUUAAAAAAACAAA